AUGGUAUUAAGAAAAAAGAAAACACCAACACCUGCUACUUCACCUGCUUCGGCAACAAAAUCACCGACAUCAAUAAACACAACACCAACAUUGGUAGAUAUGAAUCAAUCACAAAUAAAAUAUUCCAGUUUUAAAGUUUUUAUUGAAUAUUGCGUAGAAAUUGAUGCUAAUCAAACAUUUACUUCACAACAUUUAGAUGCACCUGUAUCAGUUAAACAUGGAAUAGUGAAAUUUGUCAAUAUAGACAGAAGUUUAUUAUUAAUGUUAACAACGAAAGAAAUGUUCUUAGAUAAACCAUUAUGGUGGCCUGGUACAUCAGAAUUAUGUAUUAAUUAUGAACAAUUACAUGAUAUAAUUGAGUCAAGAUCAGAUGAGAGAAAAUUUGCUUUGGAUAUUAAGUCAUCGAAUCCUGGUAAACGUUUAAUUCAUGUAUUUUCAGCUGUCAAUAGGAAAGAGAGAAAUGAAUUGUUAGCAGCGAUAAGUAAGAAUGCUCAACAAUAUCAACAAAUAAUGACUCAACAAAGAGCUAUUCAACAACAACAAGCUACAUAUUAUUUAAGUCAAGCUAGUGCACAAAAAUCAUCAACAUCAUAUGUAGAUCAAACUUUAAACUCAAAAGAAGUAAAUGUUACUCCUGUUGUUACAACACCACAAAAAAAGAGGUCAUCUGGUAGAUUUUCUAGAAAGACUGCCAUCAAAUCACCUCUGAAACCACUUUCGUUUGAAGAUUUUCCUCAUUCUGCUAAUAGUAGUUCACCAAGAGUAUUUAAUUUUAAUGAUGCUGACUGUGAGGCCUUUGGAUAUUCACCAACUAUUUAUCCGGCUAGUCAUCAAAACGACUCUUCAAAUAUGAAGUUUAGGAACAGGUCUUUAAGUCCAACUCCAUUGCAGUGUACAACACCAGAAGUUCAUCGUUCUAAACCGAAUUUUGCAUCUCGUUAUUCGGGACAUGAAGAUAAAGGAAGUCAAUUCGAUGGGCCUUUGUUAUAUACAAGACCGCUUUCCAAAUCUCAACCACAACUAGCCUAUUCAUAUGAUAAUAGAUAUUAUCAACGUGAUGAAUACACUCCAAGAUAUGAAAGUCAAAAUAACUACAGAUCUCCUGGUUAUGCUUCACAUUCACCGAUUGUCCCUAAAUAUGCAAAUUCAGCCUCAGCAGGAACACCUCAUACACCGAAUCGUAUUGUCCACUACAAUGAUGAUGAUGAAAAUGGUUAUGCUUACGACGGUGCUAAUUCAAAAAGUUUCAAAGUGGAUGGAGAUGAUUUA